GAUGUGGUUCCUGGAAGGAAUUCUCUAAUUUCAUGAAGUGGUCCAUUCCUGCCUUUCUUUAUUUCCUGGAUAAUUUGAUUGUCUUCUAUGUCCUUUCCUAUCUUCAGCCUUUUCUCAUUGCCUCACUGGCCUUCCUGAGGUUUGAGCAGAAUUAUCUGAGCACUGACUUACCAAUCCACUUGCAAGACUCUUCCGCUGUGAAAGAUAACUAUUAAACUGUGCUGACUGAUGUGUGGGAGCUGCUUCCUGACCACUGAAUCUAGAGCCAUCUCUCUCUGUGUAACCUUAACCAGUCUGCCUAUUUUCUGAGCCAUCCUGUGGUCACCCACCUCUAGUAUUAAUCUCAACAUCCAGGACCUCCAAGCAGACUCCCAUGAGUAACUCAGAAAAUUAUACACUCAGUGUACCGCUCUUUCUUACACUUGUUUUAAUGUGGUGUAUAUGUAUUCUUUUGGUAUGAUUUUCGUUUUCUGUUAGUCCUGUCAUUUAACCAAGUUCUUUAAGGGUAGAGAUUAUAUCCUCCCAAUCUAACUGCUAUCCAUAACUGAUAAUACUAGGUAUAUUUCUCAUCUCCCCUGGCAUCCCCUACGCCAAUUUAGAGAGCUGUUAGUAAUCAGAAUUAAAGUUUGGUCUCUUCUGCUUUUACCUAUUACUCAGUUUGGAUCACGUGUAUAUUUUCCCCUCUAUAUUUUCAUUUUAUAAAACGAAGGUUUCUAUUGCCACAUUUAAGAAAAUGUGUUUUAAUUUUCUUUAAGGAGCAAGUUCAGGCAUUUUGAUCAUAAAUAGAAUUUCUGUUGACACUAGUCCUCUAUUUGAAGCCUCUUAAGUAUAUCCAAAUCAGUAUGAAAGAGGGGUGAAAAGGAGGGGUCAAGAGGGCACUGAGGUAGAAAACAGGAGUUUGAUUCUUUUGCACAAUUUAAAAGAUUAGAACCAGGCAAGGCCAAACCGCUCUGUAAAAUAGAAUAGUGUUACCAUACCGGCCCAAAGGUAAGGACCUAGGCCAGGGGAUCACAUGAAGUUGCUUUCAGUUCUGUGAUCCAUUUUAUUAGUAAAAGUUCAUUCCAUUUAAAAUGUGUCCUCUCCUAAAUUCUUUCACUUUGUUUUUCAGAUCUGAGAAUUCCUCCCAACAACAUAAUUAUUCACAUUCAAGAAGUGUAUAUUUGUUGUGUUUUAUUUGCAUCCAACAGACUACCUCUAAAUUUAUAUCCCUUUGCUAAACCCCUAGUACCAAAGCAGGAGUGCAACUUCCUGUUCUUACAGCUUCUUGCUUUGCUCUUCCUUCCUGAUUGUGUACAACCACAGAUAUUACAAAAUAAAUUACUUGGCAUACAUAUUCUGUGUAGUGCUAUGCCCACACCUCGUUGGAAAGAAUUAAAUAGAGAUGCAUGGAAGUUCGGGGGCAAAGAGCUGUGAUAUUUUAUUUGUUCUAUACUAUUGCCUGGACAAAGUGGACACAAUUCCCCAGGCCAGCAGCAGCGCUGCCAUGGCUGUUAUCUUCUCAAAUUUUAGCAUUAUAACAACAGCUCUUCUAUUCAGGAUAGUGCUGAAGAGGCAUCUAAACUGGGUACAGUGGGCUUCCCUCCUGAUUUUGUUUUUGUCUAUUGUGGCCCUCACUUCUGGGACUGAGACCUCACAGCAUAACCUGGCAGGACAUGGAUUUCAUCACGAUGCCUUCUUCAGCCCAUCCAAUUCCUGUCUUCUUUUCAGAAGUGAGUGCUCCGGAAAAGACAAUUGCACGGCAAAGGAGUGGACUUUUUCUGAAGCUCAGUGGAACACCACGGCCAGGGUUUUCAGUCAUAUCCGUCUUGGCUUGGGCCAUGUUCUUAUUAUAGUCCAGUGUUUUAUUUCUUCGAUGGCCAAUAUCUAUAAUGAAAAGAUACUGAAGGAAGGGAACCAGCUCACUGAAAGCAUCUUUGUACAGAACAGCAAACUCUAUUUCUUUGGCAUUCUUUUUAAUGGGCUGACCCUGGGCCUUCAGAGCAGUAACCGUGAUCAGGUUAAGAACUGUGGGUUUUUUUAUGGCCACAAUGCAUUUUCAGUAGCCCUUAUUUUUGUAACUGCAUUCCAGGGCCUCUCAGUGGCCUUUAUUCUGAAGUUCCUGGAUAACAUGUUCCAUGUCUUGAUGGCCCAGGUCACCACUGUCAUCAUCACAACGGUGUCUGUCUUGGUCUUUGACUUCAGGCCCUCCCUGGAGUUUUUCAUAGAAGCCCCGUCAGUUCUUCUCUCCAUAUUUAUUUAUAAUGCCAGCAAGCCUCAAGGUCUGGAAUACGCACCUAGGCAAGAAAGGAUCCGAGAUCUAAGCGGCAGUCUUUGGGAGCGCUCCAGUGGGGAUGGAGAAGAACUGGAGAGACUUACCAAACCCAAGAGUGAUAUUGAAUCAGAUGAAGAUGCUUUCUAACUGGUACCCAAAUAGUUGGCAGCUCUCAUAAACCUUAUCUUCACAUUUUCAGCAUGUGUGAUAUUUAUCUUUCCACUUUGAUAAACCAAGAACAUUUCUAAAGCAUAAAACUCUUUGCAUAUAUCUAACCGCUCCCUAAAUAAUUCCAACCAAAGCUUAGAGUACCCAAAGGCUAAAAAGUUCUAAGGAACUGACGUAAGAAUAAUAGUAUGGAGACUGCAUUAAUGGCCUGGUACUUAGUAGGUCAAGAUAUAUUUGCAGAUUAUUUUCCUUGUUCCUCCAUUCCAGAAAACUUGUAAUAAUCAUGUUAGCUGUACCCUAUAAAUAUACAAAUAGAGAUCAGUUUGCCAGAUUUUCAGAAUUGUGUAGUUCUGCUCUGCAUGCCAUAGUCUUCCCUUUUUUAUCGUUAUAAAUAUCACCUAGGUUGACCCUUGAAUUUUGAGACCAUGGAGAUAGUCAUUUUGUAAUUAAAAAGCAAUGAGACUCUAAAAAUGUGGUUGAAGGACCUUAAUAACUGGCCACAACAUUGAUUUGAGAGUAGUGUAGUCUGUGCUAAAUGUUUUGCCAAAGAAGCAAAUUUUUCAAGAAAAAUCUCAGAAUUUUAAUUUUUAGGAAUUUGUGGGAAAUCUUAUUUUUAGUGGUUGUCUUUUGAUGUUUUUCUACACAAAUAAGCUUCCAUUUAGGUGAAAGUGGGUUUCCAGUCCCCACAGUUAUCACUUGUAUUUUACAUCACUUAAACGAGCUAUGGUGGGUUUUUUCUCCUCAGUUUGACCACAUGACUCUUGAAUUACUCUAUUUUGGAGAACUAAUAACCCACUUUUAUUAGUUAUUAAAUAGAACUUAUGACUAUUUUAUAUCUUUAUAUCAUACUCUGUUCCUAAAGGUUGAGACACUGGCUUCAGAAUCAUGCCAGGUUGUCAGUAAGACUAUUGCCGAAGAGUUCUUUUAGAAGAGUCACUUUGCAAACAAAUGACUUUUACUGAAAUAUGAAUAGUAUUACUCUAAAAAGAGGAAGGCCAGUAAUAAAUAAAGCACUUUAUAGUAACCAUAUUGCACCCUUAAACUGCAUGGUAUUUUUUGAGGUAUUUUUGCAUGCAUCCAGUUGAGUCUAUGAGGUAGGAAGUCAGGUGAUAGAUAAUUUAAAAAUGAGAAAACAGAAAUGACUUGCCCAAGGCCAUAUGGUGGAUGGUGAUGGGACAAGUGUUGGCUUCAGCUAAUAGACCUGUGUGUUUAUAGAGCACUACACUGUAAAUGUGAGCUUUAAGUUGUCGUUUUCAUGCAGUCUGUACAUCUCUUCUUUCCCCUAAAUUUCAUACAGAUAAAUAUAAGAUAAUACUAUUACAUAAUCCAUCUGUGAUAUCCAGAACAAUAUGAAUGGCAAGAGUUGGUGGAAAUUUAUAAAUAAAAUAACUAUUAAACACUUA